AUGUCCCACGAAUUCAGCCAAGAGGUCAUGGAAUUCCUAUCUCUAUGGCAUCUCCGCCUGGGUCACUCGCCUCUCGAGGCAAUUGUCGCCAUGGCCGAUGGAGCUGCAACGGGCAUGAAUCUACCUGCUAAUAUGCCAUCGAUGGCCGACCUCGAUCCGUAUCGUGAGCAUCUUAAUUGCUCGGCUUGUCUUUCUGUGCAUGGAUCUGCUUCAGGACCUGAUCCAGAUCAAGCAUAG